AUGGAAUAUAGGGAUGAAGAAGAAGAAAAUGGUCAUAUUGGAGAUGCAGUAAAAACAAUGUUAGACAAUGAGGGAUUUCUAAAAAAUUUUAAUAAAUUAAUGACUAAUGACAAAUUUACAAAGCAACUUGACGUACUAAUGGAUGAUGAAAAUUUUCAAAAGCAAAUUGAUGUAUUUAUGGGUGAUGAAAAAUUUCAAAAACAGUUUUCUUCUCUAGCACAAGGUACAAAUGUAAAGAAAAAUUCAGAAAACUUUCCGAGAAAUAGGAAUCCAGAUUAUACAGACGACGAUACCAAUAAUUAUAGGAAACGUUCAGAUUAUAGGGAUGAAGAAAUGCAUGAUCGUAGAUAUCGUGAUGAGCGCGACGAUCGUAUGUAUCAGAAACAUCAAAAUAAUAAAAAGUACUAUAAUGAAGAUUAUGAAGAUAAUGAAAAUUAUGAUGAUUAUGAAGACAACCAUUAUGAAAUACGUUCAAAUAAUAGACCUCCAUACGACAGAAAUCCAGAUAAAUCAUCAAAUAGACCUCCAUACGACAGAAAUCCAGAUAAAUCAUCAAAUAGACCUCCAUACGACAGAAAACCAGAUAAAUCAUCAAAUAGAUAUCCAGACCACAACGAUUAUCAAGGACCAUCAAAUAAGUAUCCAAAUGGCAUGUAUUUUGAAAAAUCACAGGACCAAAUGAAUUUUGGUGGAGAUGCAAAAAAAUUUAACAAUUCAUUACAGAACAAUGAUAAUCGUGGAAGAGGAAAUGGUCCAAAAUAUUAUGAUGAUGAAAAUGAUGAGAGACAAUUUCACUCACCAAAACGUGGUGAUGAUCCUUAUGGUAAAAAUUUUGAUCAACAAAAAUUUGAUAAUCAAGGUAGACAUUUUGAUAAACAGAAAUUUGAUAAUUACAACAAACAAGGUGGUCCCAACAGAAUUAGUAAUCAAGGUAAAAAGGAACCCAUGGAUGAAAAAAAAAAUGUAGUUAGCAGUGGUGCUUCAAAGAAACCUAAAGGAAAAGUAGCAAAAAUGGCGCACGCAUUUAAAAAUUUUGUAAAAAAAUCAGAUGCAAUGUAUGAAACUGAGUUGUUACAUGUAUUGAUGAAGAUCCGUGAAAGUCAGGAAGCAGGUGGAAAGCCUCUUGGAUUGAAAGUAAAAGUAUCUAACAAGAUAACAACUUUCUCACCUGUUCUAGCAAUUUCUGUUUUUUUUUUAUUAUUUGCUAUUUUUCAAAACACGGGUGGUCUUAUCGUAUCCUCAAUAACCCUUGUUUUAGCUGGAAUAUAUGUCUAUUACAAAUACAACAAAUGUAAACGUAUGUGUAAAGUGUAUGGAAAAUCGAACGAUCUUCAUAAAUUUUUAGAAUAUGAAAAUCCUGAACUAGUUCCAUAUAAACCCACAACUCCUCCCCAAAGGAAAUAA